AGGUAAAACUCCAAAAAAAAAAACUAAACGAAACAAAAAUACAGUGCCUUCCUCCGUUCUGAACUCUCUGACUUCUCAUUCCAGUCUAACCUGAAUCUCCAGCCAACGCUCCAAACCGGCGGCAAAGCGAGGGGGAUAAGUUUUUCAUUUCAUUUCCAGCGCGUACCUGAAUCAACUCGAGCAAUUCUUCAUAUCCAGUUUUCCCUUUUAAAAUGAUCCGAUUCAUACUGCUCCAGAACCGACAAGGAAAGACGCGAUUGGCCAAGUAUUACAUUCCUCUUGAGGAAUCUGAGAAGCACAAAGUCGAAUACGAGGUUCACAGAUUGGUUGUGAACAGAGAUCCCAAAUUCACCAACUUUGUCGAGUUCCGAACAUACAAAGUUAUCUACCGGCGAUAUGCGGGAUUGUUUUUCUCGCUGUGUGUUGAUAUAACAGACAAUGAGUUGGCUUACUUGGAGUGCAUCCACUUAUUUGUGGAAAUAUUGGAUCACUUCUUCAGCAACGUGUGUGAGCUAGAUUUGGUUUUCAACUUUCACAAGGUAUAUCUGAUUCUCGACGAGUUUAUCCUUGCUGGGGAGCUCCAAGAAACGAGUAAAAAGGCCAUUAUAGAGAGAAUGGGAGAAUUGGAAAAGCAGGAGUGAAUGUGUUAGAUGGCAGUUGGCUAUGUUUUCAAUUUUUACCUUGCAGUAAAACUUAUGGUACACCUUCGCCUUCAUUAGAUUGGAGUAAUUGUACUACUGGUGUGUUGGAUACAGUUCGCCCGUCUUGUUCUUGUGCUCAUCUUUUUCCCCGGUUUGAAUAUCUCUAUAUUAUUUGUAAAGGUCAUUUUGAAUAUAUAUUGCACUCAAUAUGAUUAUAAAAGUAUCACUUCAUGUAAUUCUUUUGAUAUUUUACAGUGUGAUGAGUAUGUAAUUGCGUGCAAUUUUUUGUGCCAAUUUAUGUGUAAAAUGGAUACAACGUUAUGGUUUUUUCUCACACGUGGCCCCGGAUCGAAGUGAAACGGGUAGCUCAGUUUUCUUGUUCGGUUUGGAACCAGCAUCCGGGGUUGCUAUAAGAAUGUUUUUAUCUGGACUGACUUUAGUUCCAGACCAAAUAAGAAUGGUUACGUGGCC